AUGGCCACAAUGGCUUCCUCAUUUCCGUUGAUGUCGUUUCCCGAGGAGAUCAUCGAAAACAUAUGCCGACAACUGGCCGACUACCCUCGAUUACGAUAUACCCCAAAGUCUCUGUCCGACCUCUGCCAAGCAUCAAAAGCCCUCAAUCGCAUCGGCACACCUGUGCUUUAUUCUUGCUUCGACGCCAGCGAACGCUUAAAGAAGCUUGCUGAUUUCCUCCGAACCAUCACCCUGCGACCCGAACUUGGUGCCUUGGUGCAAGAUUUGUAUCUCAACGCGUUUUACUGGACCGAGUUCGACAAGAGUCAUACCGAAGCCUUUGAGCGUGCGGCAACAAGGCUGGGCGUAAGUCUGGAUGGCUGGAUGGAAGACAACCCGUGGGAGGCCAUAUCGCAGCUCGUCAUCGCCUACACGCCGAAUGUAAGGUCCAUGGAAGUCACUGCGCACGAAGUCUACUGUGAUGAUGGCGUUGGAGCCUUCACACUGCUUGAGAAAAUGGCUGCUCAGGUUCCAAGGCAAGUCUCGCUGCCGCACCUGCGUAGACUCUGCGUGGGCCAUGACGACUGUCGGCAGAUAUCUCUGGGAUACUUUGGGGGAAUUCUUGAACUUGCACCCAGUAUAAGGGAGAUUAAGUGCGACCCAAUCUACGGCUUCCAUGGUAGCGAGAAGCUUAUGAAUGAUCGUAUGAUUCUCGACAAUGUAACCCGUUUAUAUCUCAAGGGUGGUCACAUAUCCAGGAGACAAUUAAAUGAGAUAGUCUCGCGCUGCCAAGCCCUGGAGUACUUCAAGUAUACAUAUCACUCUAUUUACGCUGGCCUCGAGGAAGAAUGUGUGACUCCAAGAGAGGUCAUCGAUGUGCUGAGAGACCAUCAUCACAACGACACUCUCCGCUCAGUCUACAUUGAUCUAAGAUGGCGGGAAAGACGGUCAACCGAUGAAUUGUCCUUUUCCGGUCUAUGCACGGAUGGUGACCAGAUCCUGUCCCUCAAAGAUUUCUCGCGACUCGAGAGUUUCCACGUCGACGGCAGCUCAGUCCUAUUUCCAGCCGUCCAAACGCCAGGUUACCGCACCGACAUUGUGACCAACAUGUUGCCCGGCUCUAUACGUCGCUUUCAACUUACCAAUGCGCAAGGAGAAUCUGUCGCAAAUGUGAUGACUCUGGCAACGUCACUUACUGAAUUCCCGUUCCUGGAAGAGGUGGUUUUGACGGGGAAUGGCACAAACGGGCCGCUGGGCGAUGUGGAAGAGGAAUUGGAUGGAUCGGAGAUGGGCCUGCUGCGCAAAGUGUUAGAUGAGAGUGGGAUACGACUCGAAGAUACGUGGAGCGACGAUGAGUAUGAUUGA